ACGAAGAGUGAACAAACUGAGAACAUUUCAUUUUCAUCGUUCUUUUUUUUUUAAACCAUAUUUUUAUUUAAAGUUUAAAGUUUUAUUUACUUUUAUUUGUUUAUUUAUACAUUUUUUUUCUUCGAAGACAUCGUCUGAGUGGCGCCUGGCACUCUCGUUACCAUGGCACCACGAUGUUGGCCUGUAAUUGUGUUGUCCGUGCUGAUGUCCACCAGCCAGGCUUUGAGAAGGGUGAGCCUGAGGAAGAUGCCGUCCGUCCGGGAGACACUGCGGGACAUGGGCGUGUCACCCGCCCAGGCGCUCGCCGCGCUGGCCGAGGCGCCGGCCGGUGACCCCGCCUCCGGGAACGGCACCGCCCCCACGCCGCUCAUCAACUACUUCGACACUCAGUAUUUCGGGGAGAUAAGCAUCGGUUCCCCGGCCCAGACCUUCAACGUGGUGUUCGACACGGGCUCUGCCAACCUGUGGGUGCCCUCUGCCACCUGCUCCCCCCUCUACACCGCCUGCUUUACCCACAACAGAUACGACUCCUCCCAAUCACGGACGCACGUCGAGAACGGAACGGGGUUUUCCAUCCAAUACGCCACUGGAAAUGUGCGGGGUUACCUGAGUGAGGACGUGGUCGUGGUGGGCGGGAUCCCCGUGGUUCAGGUAUUUGCAGAGGCCAACGCCCUGCCCGCCAUGCCUUUCAUAUUCGCCAAGUUCGACGGGGUUCUGGGCAUGGGGUACCCCAACGUCGCCAUCGACGGCAUCACCCCAGUAUUCGACCGCAUCAUAACCCAGCACGUCCUGAAGGAGGAGGUCUUCUCUGUGUACUACAGCCGAGACCCGAAGCGCACACCCGGAGGAGAGAUCGUGCUGGGGGGCACCGAUCCCAACUAUUACACCGGCACUUUUCAAUACCUGCAAACCAACCAACUGGGCAAGUGGGAACUCGGGAUGAAAGGAGUUUCUGUGGGGGCGGACCUGCUGUUCUGCAAAGAGGGCUGCACGGCCGUGAUUGACACAGGCUCCUCCUACAUCACUGGCCCCGCCUCCUCCGUGUCACUCCUGAUGAAGGCCCUCGGAGCCACGGAACUAGCAGAAGGAGGGUACAUCGUGAACUGCAAUCUGGUCAAGUCCCUGCCAAGCAUUUCCUUUCAGUUCAACGGUGUCGACUAUCCACUGACAGACGAGGACUACAUUCAAUGGCAGUCGCAGUUCGGCGAGGACACCUGCACGGUCACCUUCAGGGGCCUGGAUGUGCCCCCCCCCACCGGCCCCAUAUGGGUGCUGGGGGCCAACUUCAUCGCCCGCUACUACACGGAAUUCGAUCGCCGCAACAACCGGAUAGGCUUCGCCACGGCGCUGUGAUGACGGAAGCGCGCCGUAAAUCCCUUCGCUGUCGAUCUCUCUUCGUUACGUCGAUCCCAUCGAAUACAUGCGUCGCUUUCAUUUGAUCUAAAAUGUGUGCCUGCAGCAGCGGUGAGUUCAAUUACUCAAGCAUUCUGGGCUUUUUUUUUUUUUCCCAGAAUGCUUGAGUAAUUUGUAUUUCGGAAUUUAUUUGCUGAACUAGCUACGUAAUAGAAAAUAGCGAAAAUAAAUAGAUUCUCACCCGUAUUUUAGAACCACAGACCAUUCUUCGUCCUCACAGAGGGACAGGCACUGAAGACUCAGAUAUAGCGAGAGUUUUAGUGAUCUUGUCCUAAAUUAUUUACUCCCAUCUACUUCUACACUUUAACAAAGAUGCUGUUCACACCCCAAGCAUUAGACCGACCACCACCCUCUGCAUAUGAAGUCUGGCUCAAUAAUGCAGUUCAUUAUACCACAGAGUGUAUAGCUGACCAGUACAUAAAAUAUCACAAUGACCUUUAUCUGAGUGUUAUUUUUGUUAGAUUGUAUAGCUUUGUGUUUUUCUGUAGAUUAAAGUCAUCGGCAACUACAGUAUAAACAUGUAUAGGCAAGCUUGGUCUGUAACCAAACAAGCAUAAAAGCACUAGGGUAUGCAACAAAAAUAUAUUGCCAUAUAUUUAAAUAAAUAUGCUGUACACUGAAUAAUGCAUUUUUCUAAAUGGAUGAACUCCAAAUACAUUUCCAAUGCAUGUG